CUCAGUUGAGAACUCGAAGCAUUCAUACCCGCCAUGGGAGUUGGAAGCAAAAUGGAAAAGGCGGUCCAUGAGCGAGUUCCACACGCAAAGCCUCCUUUCACUCUCAGCCAAAUCAAGAAAGCCAUUCCUCCCCACUGCUUCCACCGCUCUCUUCUCCGUUCCUUCUCCUGCUUAAUUUCCGACCUCGCCUUCGUCUCUCUGUUCUUCUACCUUGCCAUUGCUUAUUUACCCCUUAUCCCCCACCCGGCCUCCUACAUUGCAUGGCCCUUUUACUGGGUUUUCCAAGGCUGCAUCCUCACUGGCGUCUGGGUCAUCGCUCACGAGUGCGGUCACCAUGCUUUCUCCGACUACCAAUUAAUCGACGAUAUCGUUGGCCUCUUCUUCCACUCUGCUCUCCUCGUCCCCUACUUCUCCUGGAAAUACAGUCACCGGCGCCACCACUCCAACACGGGCUCCCUCGAACGGGAUGAGGUCUUUGUCCCCAAGCCAAAAUCCCAAAUCCCCUGGUUUUUAAAGUACUUCAACAACCCACCAGGGAGGCUCAUUUCACUCCUCGGAACGCUCACCCUGGGCUGGCCCUUGUACUUGGCCUUCAACGUCUCGGGCCGUCCCUACGACCGAUUUGCGUGCCACUACGAUCCCCACGGUCCAAUAUUCACGAAACGAGAGUGGGUUCAAAUUUACAUUUCGGACACCGGGAUUUUAGGCAUGUGUUUGGUGCUGUACCGAAUUAGUGUGGCGAAAGGGGCGUUGUGGGUGAUGCGUAUUUACGGAAUUCCGUUGCUGAUAGUGAAUGGGUUUUUGGUUUUGAUCACGUACUUGCAGCACACCCAUCCAGCGUUGCCGCACUACGACUCUGCGGAAUGGGAUUGGCUUAGAGGUGCCUUGGCGACCGUGGACAGAGACUAUGGGGUACUGAACAGAGUGUUUCAUAACAUAACGGACACGCAUGUGGUUCACCAUUUGUUCUCCACGAUGCCGCAUUAUCAUGCGAAGGAGGCGACGGAAGCGGUGAAGCCAGUACUGGGAGAAUAUUACCGGCUAGAUAGGACCCCUGUUUUGAAGGCCAUCUGGAGGGAAGCUAAGGAGUGUGUUUACGUUGCGCCUGAUGAGGAUGAUAAUUCUGAUAAAGGAGUCGUCUGGUACCGCAACAAGCUCUGAGUCUGUCCCGAAUAAAAACUGAAGCCCACCAAAGGGAAAAAUGGAAGAUCAAAAUGGUGGGAUCUCGCAGUUUCUUUUUCUUUUUCUUGCUCUUCUUCCUUUUAUGGUCUGUCUGUACGUAUUUGAAGGAAGACCCGUAGUGUUCUACUGGUAUGAAGGAUGAACCUUUUGAAUGUGUAUGUGUGGUUUUUUUAAUCCGUUAAUUAAGGUCAAUUUUUA